AUGAACGCCACUAACGCAACAGCUUCCGUUGCGUCAAGCACUUCUACGCCCCUUCCGGGGGACUUCCACUCUCUCGUGUCAACACUGUUCUCGAUCUCUGCGCUGGCGGACUGGUUCAACUCUUCGUUGUCGCGACUAACGCAAGCACUCUGGAUCACCGCGACAUUCGACGCCAAUGACGAAAGCUACAGAUGGAUGCUCUACUGGCUCUCCCGCAACCCAAUCUGGAACGAAGCACGAACGAUCGCAGUCUCAACACGCUCGUUCGGGCUGGAUGCGGAUGAGGAUGAGGAUAGCAGCUCUUCACUGGGCCAGGUCUCUUAUCUUCCGUCACUCGAGAGCACGUACAACAUCUGGUACAGGGGCCACUACGUGACCGUCUCGAGGGAAGAGAGGUCGGAGAAUCAGUGGUCUAGCAAGGAGACUUUGCGGAUACAGAUACUCUCGCGGAACCGAGCCAUACUUCAGAGCAUACUCGACGAGGCACGCGAAGCGUUCAAAGCUGCCCAGACGAAACUCAUCUCGAUUCACGCCGCAGACAUACAUGGAGACUGGAACUUCAUGGCAUCACGCCCUAAGCGACCUCUCAGCUCGAUCAUCCUCGAUCCGGGAAUCAAGGAGCUGCUCCUCAAUGACGCACGCGAUUUCCUCGGCAGCCGCAGAUGGUAUUCUGACAGGGGAAUCCCCUUCCGUCGCGGCUACCUCCUCUACGGUGCGCCCGGUUCGGGGAAGACGUCCAUGAUCCAGAGCAUCGCAGGAGAGCUCGGGCUGAACGUCUACAUCGUGACGCUCAGUCGGAUCGGGUUGGACGACAGCGCGCUGAACGAACUCAUCUCGAACAUGCCCCGCCGCUGCAUCGCACUCAUGGAGGACAUCGACGCGGCGUUCACCGCAGGAAUCAAGCGCGACCUCCCGCUGGACAUCAAGCGACCGGGGGAGGACGGCGACGCCGAGGACGCGCCAAAGAGCCCGCGCGAGCAAGCACAGGCGCAGGGAAUGGACACCGGCUCUCGCAUCACCCUUUCGGGCCUCCUCAACGCGCUGGACGGUAUCGGUGCGCAGGAGGGCCGUAUCCUGUUUGCGACGACGAACAACUACAAGGCCCUGGAUCCUGCGCUCUGCCGUCCAGGGCGGAUGGACCUCCACAUUGAGUUCAGGCUAGCAAGUCGAUACCAGGCGGAGAACCUCUACAAGUGCUUCUACAUGCCCUCUGGCGCGGACGAGCCCGAGGUGGUUAAGGUCGACGAAGGCUACGACUCGAGACGGAGCAGCGUGGGCAGCGAUGAAGCCGACGAUGAGAAGACCUCAGAACUCGAACCGCUCCUCUCAUCUCCGCCUACACCCUCGCCGCCGUAUUCCCCAUCGCUGUCAAAGCCUAUCAACUCCCUGAUACCAAGUCAUCUCCUUCCGCGUAGAGAAGUGCUCGCGCUCGCAGCACGUUUUGCAGACGCGAUCCCUGAACGGGAGUUAUCGAUGGCGAGCCUCCAGGGAUACCUCAUGACGUACAAAAGUCGACCGCGCGAGGCAGUCGAUGAGGUAUCACAGUGGAUCGAGAAUGAAAGACGGGCGAGGAGAGAGCGAAGCUAG